CGAGCAGGGGCAGUAGUGUGGAGGGAGCUCAGCCCCGCAGUGCGGGGAACGGAGCGUCCGCUGCCACUGGGACCCUGCUGUUCAGACAGACUCUAGCUCUUCAGUGGUGCCACCUCUCCACCAGCUACACUGCCUGAGGGGGGAAGCAGGGGGGACUCCUGGCUGCUUUACCAUUGUGCCUUUUAUCCUCGUUAGGGAGUUUCCGAGCUCAGCCUCUUUUUUUCUGUCUUUUUUUAUUGCCGUCCCCUCCCCACUCCACCCCCUUGCAAAAAAAAAAAAAAAUUGACAGCUGCAUUAAAGACAGACCGGCUCUAAGGGGUUUGCAGAGCGGUGUUUGAUGAAAGCCAAGAGAAAAAAAAAAGCCCCAGCAUAACAGUUGGUUUGAAAUAAAGGACAAGCCUGUGUGUCGUGGAGAUGAGGGGCCUACCCGGCUGGACCGUGAUCCUAGCCCUGGGGAACUGGGUUUGGGUCGAGGGUGUUGUGCCUCUGGCUGACUUUUACCCCUUUGGCUUGGAGCAGGGGGAUGCUGUCACUUUGAAACAGGAUGACGGAGGCUCCGGGCUUCAGCCGAUUUCAGUGAAAUUCCCUUUCUUUGGAGUGGGACACACAGGACUUUAUGUGAACAACAAUGGAAUCAUCUCUUUCCUGAAAGAAGUUUCUCAGUUUACACCAGUUGCUUUUCCAAUCUCCAAGGAUCGGCGUGUGGUGGCAGCGUUCUGGGCUGAUGUGGAUAACCGAAGAGCGGGUGAUGUGUAUUACCGAGAAAGCAAGGACCAGGCCCUCUUGGAGAGAGCCACCAAGGACAUUGGGCAGUAUUUCCCAGAAGUCCCAGAAUUCUCUGCUCAGUGGGUUUUUGUUGCCACGUGGUACCGGGUGACCUUCUUUGGAGGAAGUUCUUUUUCUCCAGUAAACACCUUCCAGAUUGUCCUCAUCACCGAUGGCAAACUCUCCUUCACUAUUUUCAACUACGAGUCUAUCACCUGGACCACAGGCAUGCAUGCUAGCAGCGGGGGAGACUUUGCUGGGCUUGGUGGUAUUGCGGCCCAGGCAGGUUUCAACGCUGGUGAUGGAAAGCGCUACUUCAACAUCCCCGGAUCUCGCACUGAUGACAUCGUUGACGUGGAGAUGACGACAAAUGUGGGUAUCCCCGGGCGCUGGGUGUUCAGAAUCGAUGAUGCCCAGGUGCAAGUGGGGGGCUGCAACAACACAACCUCUGUGUGCCUGACGUUACGGCCGUGUCUGAAUGGGGGGAAAUGCAUUGAGGAUUGCAUCACAGGGAACCCCUCUUACACCUGCUCGUGCCUGGCAGGCUUCACUGGAAAAAGAUGCCACCUUGAUGUAGAUGAGUGCCUUUCCCACCCAUGUCAGAAUGGAGCCACCUGCAUUAAUGGUGUCAACAGCUUCAGCUGUCAGUGUCCACCAGGGUUCAAAGGCACUACGUGUGAGAAUGAGGAGUCGCCGUGUGAAGCCAAGGCCUGCCAGAACGGUGGGGAGUGCCAGGCAGUGAAUGGGACAGCUGCAUGUGUGUGCCAGCCAGGAUACACAGGGGAGGACUGUGAGGCAGAAGUGAACGAGUGUGAUUCCAACCCCUGCCUGAACGGGGGUCGGUGCAUUGACCUGGUGGACAACUACUCCUGCGUGUGUGUUGAGCCCUUCGUGGGACAGCGCUGUGAGACAGACCCCUCCUCCUGUGAGGACCGGAGCUGCCGGAACCGCCAGACAUGUAACUAUAUCCGCCCUGGACGCUACAUCUGCACUUGCUCCCCAGGCUACUAUGGCAGCAACUGCCAGUACGGUGGGCCUAAAGUGGCAAGUGCUUGUCUCUCCAAUCCAUGCCAGAAUAAGGGGAACUGCCUGGAAACAGAGCAAGGCUACAUCUGUGAAUGCCCAGAGGGCUACACAGGUCCCGACUGCAGAGACAAGCUUUCCGAAGACUGUGAGUGUCGGAAUGGGGGAAGGUGUCUGGAUGGAAACUUCACUAUCUGCCAGUGUCCGCCCGGGUACUUUGGUCUCCUCUGUGAAUUCGAAGUGACCACAACACCAUGCAAUGUGAACACUCAGUGCCCAGAUGGGGGCUACUGCAUGGAGUAUGGAGGGAGCUACCUUUGUGUGUGUCACACAGACUACACCACCAACCACUCUGUACCAUCCCCCUGCGACUCGGAGCCCUGCCUGAAUGGGGGAUCCUGUGAGGUCCAUGAUGACUCAUACACCUGCGAGUGUCCCCGUGGGUUCCUGGGCCAGCACUGUGAGAAAGUCAGGCCCCGGCUCUGCAGCUCUGGGCCCUGCCGUAACGGGGGCACGUGCAAGGAGGCAGAUGGAGAAUACUACUGUGCCUGUCCCUACCGCUUCACAGGGAAGCACUGUGAGAUAGGCAAACCAGACCCCUGUGCCUCUGGCCCAUGCCAGAGUGGGGGCACCUGCUUCCAUUACAUUGGCAAGUACAAGUGUGACUGCCCUCCAGGCUACACAGGACGACACUGUGAGAUUGCCCCUUCUCUGUGCUUCCUGAGCCCAUGUGAGAAUGGAGCCACCUGCAAGGACCUUGGCAACAACUACAUCUGCACGUGCCCUUCUGGGUACAUAGGGAAGCACUGCCAAACAGAGGUGGACUGUGGGGUCCCCAGUGAGGUGAAGCAUGCCCAGGCAAUGUUCAAUUCCACCAGGGUGGGCUCAUUGGCUGAAUACCACUGUGAUCUGGGCUAUGUCCUGAGCCCUCACCAUGCCCCCCGUGUGUGCAGUCCCCAGGGCAUCUGGAGCGAUCCCCCGGAGUGUGACGAGAUUGAUGAGUGCAGGUCUCAGCCCUGUCUGAAUGGGGGCUCAUGCAAGGACCGUAUUGCUGAGUUUCUGUGCAUGUGUGAAGCAGGAUACACAGGCCUCCACUGUGAGUUGGAGAUCGACGAGUGUCAAUCCGACCCUUGUAAGAAUGGAGGAACCUGCAGAGAUCUCCCAGGAUCUUUUGCUUGUCUUUGUCCUGAUGGUUUCAUGGGAAUCCACUGUGAGACAGAGGUAGAUGCCUGUGAAUCGAGUCCUUGCCAAAACGGAGGGGACUGUGAAAACUACAGUGGUUCCUACCUGUGCAUGUGCCCAGAGGGUUUCUUUGGCUACCACUGUGAGACAGCCAGCGAUCCCUGCUUUUCCAGCCCAUGUGGCAGCAGAGGCUACUGCCUGCCUUAUAAUGGAUCCCACAGCUGUACCUGCAAAGUGGGCUACACAGGCAAGAACUGCGAGAAAGAAUUGUUGCCACCAACCUCAUUAAAGGUGGAAGGGGUGGAGGACACUGGUGUGUUGAUUUCUUGGCACCCACCUGAGGACCCAAUCGCCAAGCAGCUGACUGACGGCUACGCCGUGACGUACGUAUCCUUGGACGGCUCUUACCGCAGGACAGAUUUUGUGGACCGAAGUCGUUCUGCCCACCAAUUGCGGGCACUGGCCUCCGGCAGAGCCUACAAUAUUUCUGUCUUUUCAGUCAAACGCAACGUGAACAACAAGAAUGAUAUCAGCAGACCCAUCACGCUGAUCACACGCACUAGACCACACCCCGUGGAGGGGUUUGAGAUCACCAACGUGACGGCCAGUGCCAUCACAGUGCAGUGGGCUCUCCACCGCCUCAAGCACUCCACUGUCAGCAGGGUGCGCGUCUCCAUCCGCCAGCCUGGCGACAUGGAGCACCGCACUGUGGAGCUGAACAGCAGCGUGGCCAAGUACACAUUCUGGGACCUCCAGCCAGGAGAGAGGUACAUUAUCGAUGUGACCACCCUGAGUGGGAUGGGGACGGAAGACCAUCCUUCUGAGAGCCUGGCCACGGCUCCCUUCCAUGUGUGGACGCGGCCCCUCCCUCCUAGGAACCUCACUGCUUCCAGGGUUGGUGCCACCACAGUUUACAUGACAUGGGAACAGCCACCAGCAAGUUCAAGCUCAGUGGAGGGCUACAUCAUCAACGUCACCACCAGCCAGAGCGUGAAGAGCCGCUAUGUGCCCAACGGGAAGCUGUCUUCUUACACAGUGCGUGACCUGCUGCCAGGGCAGAGGUACCGUUUGUCCGUGACAGCCGUCCAGAACACAGAGCAAGGCCAAGUGCACAGUGACCCAGCUCACCUGUAUGUCGUGACCUUGCAGAGGGAUGGGACACCAGAGCGGCGAUGGAGCCAGGGUGGACAUCCCCGCGUCCUCCGGAACAGGCUGCCCCCGGCCUUUCUGCCUGAGCUACGCCUGCUCGCAGACCAUGACAUCUCGGAGGAGCCCUCACAGGCCCCCAGGUACACGGAACUGGUGGACGGCAGAGGAAGGAUCAGUGCCAAAUUCAGCAGCUCGCCAAGCAAAGCCAUUACCAUGAAAACACAACCUGAGGCUCCACUGAAGCUGGAAAACAUUGAAGAGUCGACCAAUCGUGUCAGUCUGGCCUUGCAGCUGCCAGAGUCAGAGAACAAGAAUAGAGAGAGUGCCAGCCAAAACUGCUCCAUGAACCCCUGCAGGAAUGGGGGCACCUGUGUGAUGGAUGCUGAGUCCUACCAGUGUGACUGCAGCCCUGGCUUCAAGGGCAGGCACUGCGAGCUGGCUUGCAAGAAGGUCCCACAAUCCUGCACGCGGCUGUACUCAGAAACCAAGUCAUUCCCUGUCUGGGAGGGCAAUGUCUGCCAUUACCUGUACAAGAGGGUCUACAAAGUUCACCAAGAUAUCUGCUACAAGGAGAGUUGUGAAAGCACGGUUUCAAAGAAGACAGCCAGCAGGAAACAGAGUAACAGUCAUACACUGAAGAAGCCGUAGGGAUCUGGGAAGGCACUGCAAGGCACCGUAUCUACGAGCAGAGGAAAAAAAAUCAAGUCCUUCAAAGCUGAGAGAGUAAAAUGCUACAGUUCACAUUACAGCGAUUAAGUAUGUUCCAAAAGCGCCCGCCCUCGUGUAUCAUGUCAGCCCAACGGCACUGCCCUACCAGCCUUUCUAGUGUGAAGCGUUCCUGCUGAUUGCAAGGAAACAGAUAUGAAUGUGACAUUACCUGACCAGACCAUAGCAGAAGAAAGAAGUGGUGCUUCAGUAUUGCAACAGAUACAGCCUCUGAUGCCAGCAGGGCAGCUCUCGGACAGAGCGUUUAGCUUUUAAGAGUUCCUAGCUUUUGUGAGUUUGUAUGACGACACUAGUUAAACAUAGAAUUGUGUAUUGCCAUACACAGUGUAUAUUAUAAAUUAAUACAUACCAGAGAUAUAUCUUA